AAAAUAAUUUGAUUAUUUUUUUGUCUAGUCCUGUCAUAGUGGAAAUCCCGCAUUUUGGAUCAAUGCGAGGAAAGGAAAGAGAGUUAAUCGUACUUCGAAGUGAAAAUGGUGAAACAUGGAAGGAGCACCAGUAUGACAGCAAGCACGAAGACUUAACUGAAGUACUCAAUGGCAUGGAUGAAGAGCUGGACAGCAUUGAGGAGCUAGAGAAGAAGCGUAUCUGUAGGAUUGUCACGAAGGAUUUCCCUCAGUACUUUGCAGUAGUUUCACGAAUCAAGCAAGAAAGUAACCAGAUUGGCCCAGAGGGCGGCGUGCUGAGCAGCACAACGGUGCCACGUGUCCAGGCGUCCUUCCCCGAGGGUGCUCUAACCAAAAGAAUCCGUGUGGGACUCCAGGCUCAACCAGUUCCAGAGGAGAUUGUUAAAAAAAUCCUUGGAAACAAAGCAACUUUCAGUCCCAUUGUCACUGUGGAGCCAAGAAGAAGAAAAUUUCAUAAGCCAAUAACCAUGACAAUUCCUGUGCCACCUCCAUCAGGAGAAGGUGUAACCAAUGGGUACAAAGGAGACACGACGCCCAGCCUUCGACUUUUAUGUAGCAUUACAGGAGGUACUUCACCUGCGCAAUGGGAGGACAUCACAGGCACGACUCCAUUGACGUUUUCUAAUGAUUGUGUCUCCUUCACAACCAAUGUUUCAGCCAGAUUUUGGCUUGCAGACUGCCAUCAAGUACUAGAGACUGUUGGGCUGGCAACGCAGCUUUACAGAGAAUUAAUAUGCGUUCCUUACAUGGCAAAGUUUGUUAUAUUUGCCAAAAUGAAUGACCCUGUAGAAUCCAAUUUGCGUUGCUUCUGCAUGACUGAUGACAAAGUGGACAAAACUUUGGAGCAACAAGAGAAUUUUGAAGAAGUUGCAAGAAGCAAAGACAUUGAGGUUCUGGAAGGAAAGCCUAUUUACGUUGAUUGCUAUGGAAAUCUUGCCCCUUUGACUAAAGGAGGACAGCAGCUUGUUUUUAAUUUUUACGCUUUCAAAGAAAAUAGACUGCCAUUCUCUAUCAAGGUAAGAGACACCAGCCAAGAGCCCUGUGGUCGAUUAUCGUUUUUGAAAGAACCAAAGACUACCAAAGGACUGCCACAAACAGCUGUUUGCAACUUGAAUAUCACUUUGCCAGCACAUAAAAAGAUGGAGAAAGCCGACCGGCGUCAGAACUUUGUCUCCCUUGCUUUACGUAAGCGCUACAGCUAUCUGACUGAGCCUGGAAUGAAAACAGUUGAACGGAGUGCAGGAGCAACAAGAUCCCUACCUGCUACUUACUCAUACAAGCCAUUCUUUUCAACACGGCCAUAUCAGUCAUGGACAACAGCUCCAAUUACAGUGCCUGGGCAAACCAAAUCAGGCUUCACUUCCUUAUCAAGCUCUUCCUCUAACACUCCUACAGCUUCCCCAUUAAAAUCAAUAUGGUCUGUUUCUUCUGCUUCUCCAAUCAAAUCCACAUUAGGAGCUUCUACCACAUCAUCAGUUAAAUCUGUUAGUGAUGUAGCAUCUCCAAUUAGAUCAUUUCGGACAAUCUCCUCACCAAUAAAAACUGUGGUUUCGCAGCCUCCAUACAAUAUGCAGGUUACUUCAGGUUCUUUCGUCAGAGCUCCCGCAGUAACAGAAGCUGCUAGCCUAAAAGGGCUGGCAUCCACUACCACAUUCCCCUCUCGGACAUCUCCUGUGACUACAGCAGGGUCUCUCUUGGAGAGAUCAUCCAUAACCAUGACGCCUCCAGCAUCCCCCAAAUCCAACAUUAACAUGUACUCUUCAAGUUUGCCUCUUAAAUCGGUCAUCACAUCAGCAUCCUCACUAUUAUCGUCCCCUCUAAAGUCAGUGGUGUCACCUGCUAAGUCAGCAGUUGAUGCUGUUUCAUCUUCUAAGGUCAUGAUGGCCUCGUCUCUCUCGUCGCCAGCAAAACAUGUAGCUGGGCACACAGAUGUACCAUUACUUAAUGGGUCUGUGUCACCGCUGAAAUACCCAUCUUCUUCCAACUUAAUAAAUGGAUCCAAAGCUGCAGCUGUUUUCCAAGACAAGAUUGCUGCAGCUGCACAUUCUGCAAGUUGUGCUGCUAGCGCAGUUGCUGACACAGCUGAGAGAGUGUUUUCAACUGCUUCAACAAUGUCAUUUUCUCCACUCAGGUCAUUUGUGUCUUCAGCACCAUCAGCUUUCCAGUCAAUAAGAACUCCUCCUGCAGGUGCUUUGUAUACAGCCCUUGGGUCAAUAUCAGCAACUACCUCAUCUGUAACUUCAUCAACAAUAACAGUGCCGGUAUAUUCUGUAGUCAAUGUUUUGUCUGAACCAGCAUUAAAGAAGCUCCCAGAGUCAUCUCCGCUUACAAAAUCAGCUGCUGCGUUGCUGUCACCAAUUAAAACAUUGACUACAGAGGCACGCACGCAACCUCCCUUUAAUCGAACUUCAUCUCCAAUAAAAUCAUCCUUGUUCUUAGCACCCUCUGCUCUCAAAUUAUCCACGCCAUCUUCUUUAUCCUCCAGUCAGGAGAUAUUGAAAGAUGUUGCUGAAAUGAAAGAGGAUCUAAUAAGAAUGACUGCAAUAUUGCAGACAGAUGUCGCAGAGGACAAACCUUUCCAUCCUGAGAUACCAAAAGAGGGUAGAAUCGAUGAUGAAGAGCCUUUUAAAAUUGUUGAGAAAGUAAAAGAGGACUUAGUAAAAGUUAGUGAGAUACUGAAAAAAGAUGUAUGUUUAGAAAGUAAAGGGUCGGCUAAAAGCGAUCAAGGACAUGUCUCUGAGGAUGACUGGGUAGAGUUCAGUACAGAGGAGAUUGAUGAAGCAAGACAGCAAGCUUUGACAAGUCCUCCUAUGUCUGUUCCAGAGAAGGCACAAAUUAAAACUAAAACUGUGUCGGAAAAGGAUUAUAACUUAUCAAAAGUUAUUGAUUACUUAGCAAAUGAUAUCGGUAGCAGUUCAUUAACAAACAUAAAGUACAAGUUUGAAGAGGGGAAAAAAGAAGGUGAAGAGAGACAAAAACGCAUUUUAAAGCCAGCUAUUGCUUUGCAGGAACACAAACUCAAAAUGCCUCCUGCCUCCAUGAGGCCUUCAACAUCAGAAAAGGAGUUAUGUAAAAUUGCAGAUUCCUUUUUUGGAACAGAUACAAUUUUAGAGUCUCCGGAUGACUUUUCUCAACACGAUCAAGACAAAAGUCCUUUAUCUGACAGUGGCUUUGAAACGAGGAGUGAAAAAACACCUUCUGCCCCUCAAAGCGCUGAAAGUACAGGGCCAAAACCACUUUUCCAUGAUGUACCCAUUCCUCCCGUCAUUACAGAAACAAGAACUGAGGUAGUUCAUGUUAUCCGUAGCUACGAACCAUCAUCUGAAGAAAUUCCAGAGCAGAAAACAGAAGAACUACCGGCCGCAAAGCCUGCCCCUGCUUUUAUGGAGCUGGAGCAAAAGCCUGCUGGCUCUAUUAAAGAGAAGGUUAAAGCAUUUCAAAUGAAAGCUAGCAGCAGUGAGGAAGAUGACCACAAGUGUGUCCUUAGCAAAGGCGUCCGAGUAAAAGAAGAAACUCACAUAACUACAACAACUAGGAUGGUUUAUCAUAAACCUCCAUGUACUGAAAGCACGUCGGAAAGAAUUGAGGAAACAAUGUCUGUUCAUGACAUAAUGAAAGCCUUUCAGUCUGGACGUGACCCUUCCAAAGAACUGGCAGGUCUGUUUGAACAUAAAUCAUCAGUAACAGCCGAUGUUAGCAAGUCUGCUGAAACUUCACCACAACAUGCAGAGAAGGACAGCAAAAUGAAACCCAAACUGGAGCGAAUAAUAGAGGUCCAUAUUGAAAAAGGUCCACAAAGUCCAUGUGAACGGACAGAUAUAAGGAUGGCAAUUGUAGCUGAUCACCUUGGACUUAGCUGGACAGGUAAGCUUUUCUGCUUUUAUACUGAAAUCAGUCUUUGCUAUUGCAUUCUCAGGUAGUCUGUUUACCAAAAG